AUGAAGAGGAAACAGAAGAGAUUUCUGCAGAUGACUUUGUUAUUCAUGGUGGCUGUAAUUUUCCUGCCCAGUAUCGGUCUCUGGUCGCUGUACAAGGAUAAGCACCUGGUGAAAUCGACGGAGCCCGGAGAGCAGCAGACAUUUCCACUGGGCCUGGGAGAUGGGCAAUUCUAUGCAUGGACAGAUGGUUUAAGAAGAAAGGACUGGCAUGACUAUGGGAGCAUUCAGAAAGAGGCUAUGCGCUCAGGGAAAGGUGAACAUGGGAAACCUUACCCCCUCACUGAAGAGGACCACGAUGAGUCAGCUUACAGGGAAAAUGGUUUCAAUAUUUUUGUCAGCAACAACAUUGCUCUAGAGAGGUCCCUGCCAGAUAUCCGCCACGCAAACUGUAAGCACAAGAUGUAUCUGGAAAGGCUACCAAACACCAGCAUCAUUAUCCCAUUCCAUAACGAAGGCUGGACUUCACUCCUCCGGACCAUCCACAGCAUCAUCAACCGAACCCCAGAAAGUCUGAUUGCAGAAAUCAUCCUGGUCGAUGACUUCAGUGAUAGAGAACACCUGAAGGAGAAGUUGGAAGAAUACAUGGCUCGGUUUUCCAAAGUGAGGAUUGUUCGCACCAAGAAAAGGGAAGGGCUGAUCCGGACCCGACUCCUGGGGGCGUCCAUGGCCAGAGGCGAGGUCCUUACGUUCCUGGACUCCCACUGCGAGGUCAACGUCAACUGGCUUCCCCCGCUCCUCAACCAAAUUGCACUCAACCACAAAACCAUCGUGUGCCCCAUGAUCGAUGUCAUUGACCACAAUCACUUUGGGUACGAGGCCCAGGCCGGGGAUGCCAUGCGCGGCGCCUUCGACUGGGAAAUGUACUACAAGAGGAUUCCCAUCCCUCCAGAGCUGCAGAGGGCGGAUCCCAGCGACCCUUUUGAGUCUCCCGUUAUGGCUGGAGGUCUCUUUGCUGUGGAUCGCAAAUGGUUUUGGGAGUUGGGGGGCUAUGACCCAGGUUUGGAAAUCUGGGGAGGAGAGCAAUAUGAAAUCUCUUUCAAGGUCUGGAUGUGUGGAGGAGAAAUGUUUGACGUUCCGUGUUCUAGAGUUGGUCAUAUCUACAGGAAGUACGUCCCUUAUAAAGUUCCAUCCGGGACCAGUCUGGCAAGAAACCUGAAGCGGGUGGCGGAGACCUGGAUGGAUGAGUUUGCCGAGUACAUUUACCAGCGGCGCCCGGAGUACCGGCACCUGUCCACGGGGGACCUCUCCGCGCAGAAGGAGCUGCGCAGACAGCUCAAGUGCAAGGACUUCAAGUGGUUCAUGGCGGCGGUGGCCUGGGACGUGCCUGAGUACUACCCUCCAGUGGAGCCCCUACCCGCAGCCUGGGGGGAGCUUCGAAACGUGGCAGCAAAUCUCUGCGUGGACAGCAAGCAUGGAGCCACAGGGACCGAGCUGAGGCUGGACGUCUGUGUCAAGGACGGUUCUGAGAGGACGUGGUCUCAUGAACAGCUCUUCACCUUUGGCUGGAGAGAAGAUAUUCGGCCUGGUGAGCCCCUGCACACCCGAAAAUUCUGCUUCGACGCCAUCUCCCAUAGCAGCCCAGUCACUCUGUAUGACUGUCACGGCAUGAAAGGGAACCAGCUCUGGGGACAUCGAAAGGACAGAACAUUAUUCCAUCCUGUGAGUAACAGCUGCAUGGAUUGCAACCCAGCAGAGAAGAAGAUUUUCAUGGCCAGAUGUGACCCUCUCUCCGAGACUCAGCAGUGGAUUUUUGAACAUAUUAAUAUGACUGUUUUAGAAAAAUUUAACUACCAUGCCAGCUCCUAG